AUGGCAGCCAAAUUUAUUCCCCGACAGGCCUUCCCUAGUUAUACGUCCAUCCCAAGGUCGUAUUUCCUGGGUCACCAUCGGGCAGGUCUGAAAAAGAUGCAGAAUAUGCUCUCCUCCAUUGACUACGUCGUUGAGUGCCGCGAUUAUAGAGUACCAGUUACAUCUAUCAAUCCCAUGUUUGAAGAAGCCUUGGGGAAAACCAGACGAUUAAUAGUAUAUACAAAGAGGGAUCUAGGUGCGGAAUCAGGGUCACCAGCCCAGCAACAGGCAGAGAAAAAAGUUCAGAGUUUCGAUAAGAAUAGCGCUGUGUUCUUUGUUAGCUCCUCGUCCCGCCCGGAUGUGAGUUCUAUAUUGAAGCAUUUACGAAAUGAUGCUGAAGGACCCGACAAACUCGUGGGGUGUCGGGUCAUGGUUGUCGGAAUGCCAAAUGUCGGCAAAUCGACGUUAAUCAAUAAUCUGCGAAAUCAGGGUGUGCGCAAAGCUAAGGCUGUGCAGACAGGCGGCCAACCUGGUAUUACCAGGAAAAUCGGAACUCCCGUCAAGAUUAUCGAGAGAGAGAACGGCUCUCAUGUUUAUGUGCUAGACACGCCCGGUGUCUUUAUGCCAUACGUACCAGAUGCAGAAAAAAUGCUGAAACUGGCACUUUGUGGUUGCGUCAAGGACUCUGUGAUCUCACCCGUCACAUUAGCAGACUAUCUGUUAUACCAUAUAAAUUUGCAUAAUACCCAAGUAUAUGAGCGUUGGUCCCCGCCAACUAAUGAAAUUAUGCCUCUUCUAAACGAUUUUGCCCGUCACACCGGACUGCUUGCCAAGGGUGGUAUUCCAAACACUGACCUUGCGGCGUUGCAUUUUAUCCAAAAAUGGCGCGCAGGUGGCUUGGGGAAGUUCAUCCUGGAUGACCUGCAAGCAGAGGAACGUCAUCGUCAAGAAGGCACGAAGGAUGCAGUGGGCACCAGCAUGUCCCAAGCGCGCAAGGCCGAAAGGAUGGCAAGGAAACACCCCCAGAAACUGUAA